AUGAUAUGUGUUGGUAAUGAACUCAAAAAUGUCAUCAAAGUCCAGUUCACAAUAUUAACAAACAUUGACAAAUUUAUUUUUAAAGCCGAACCAGAAGUCGUUUUAAUAAAAAGGGGGUAUGCUUGCGAAUUUUCACUUUGUUUAACACCACUUUGCACCUGUAAAAUCAACACAACAAUCCAAAUUAUCUCAAAAAAUCUGAAAACCGAAGAAGAAAAUUAUAACACAAUAACAAUCAACGCUGUAACUUCUCAAUCGACACGACUUGACUAUGAUGAGUUAAUUGAAGAAAAUAAACUUGGUGAGGGGUCUUUUGGUAUUGUGUACAAAGGAAUGUACAGAGAAAAUGUUGUUGCAAUAAAGAAAAUGAAACAAAUAAACAAUUCAGAUGAAAAAAAAUCAAUUGAUGAAUUUGAGAAGGAAGUUGCCAUGUUAGACAAGUUCAGGUGUGAUUAUAUAGUUCAUUUCUAUGGUGCUGUAUUUAUACCAAACAAGAUGUGUAUGGUCACUGAAUUUGCACAAUUUGGGAGUUUACAAGACUUAAUUAAACAUAAAAGAAGUGAUGAAAUUGAGACCAAGUUGCGAGUUAAAAUGUUACUUGAUGCUUCUAAAGGUAUUUCAUAUUUGCACGAAAAUGGGAUAUUACACAGAGACAUCAAACCAGACAACAUUCUUGUGUUAUCACUUGAUGUGAAUGAAAAGGUGAAUGCAAAAUUGACUGACUUUGGAAGUGCAAGAAACGUCAAUUUACUGAUGACAAACAUGACUUUCACAAAAGGUGUUGGUACCCCAGUUUAUAUGGCACCUGAAAUUCUAAAACAAGAGAAAUACACUAAAAGCGCAGACAUUUUUUCGUUUGGAGUGACUAUGUUUGAGGUGGUUGGGUGGAGUGAGGCAUAUCAAAAAGAUCGCUUUAAAUACCCAUGGAAAAUAGCAGAGUUUGUGAUGUCAGGUAAACGACUUGAAAGAAAAGAAAAAAUGCCAAUACCUUUGUAUGAUGUUAUACAAACGUGUUGGGUACAGUACCCCAAAGAAAGAAUUUCAAUUGAAAAAGUUAUUGAAAACCUGGAAGAAUUGAAUCAUUGA